GUCCCCUUGCACGCACCGUCGGGGGGUGGCAUGUGAUGUGUGCCUGCCUGCCUGCCUUGGCAGGGCGGGGCGGGAGUCGACAGUCGAGUCGCAACAACACUGCGCUUCUGAGCUGGUCGUUUGGAACAUCCCGCCCCGCGCGUUUUGUUGGCUUGCACUGCACUCGGACGGGCGAGCAGAGCGCGCGCGGGGGAAUCUCUCGUGAUCGUGAUCUGGGUCUUGGGUGUGCCCGGCCCGGGGACGCCACGCGAAUGACCUGUGCGGUGCCGAGUCGUGGAGGCCCACGCGUCAGUUCCGGCGCUCGCCUCCUCCUACUAAUCCGAUCGCCGCUGUGUGGGGAUCGCUGCUGUCUCUUUUUUUUUUACGGCUCCACAUGCCAUGCUAGAGGCUAUCCGCACUCAUUCUACUCUAAAUUUCUACAAGGAAUAUUCUAUUCUAGUCAUCAACAUUUUAAAAUACAGUAGCCAAACUCCCGCAUCCACAACUACUCUAUAUCUCAACUCUAUAUAAACUAUCAUAUUUUUUAUCAAUAUAUAUCAAAAAUACCCACCGUGGGCCCCACCACACAUGUCCUUUGCUUUGGCCCCAGCACCUAUCGUGGGCUGCGCUCGUUCAAACUCUGGAAGUAGCGUUUACAGUAACUCAACCAGUUCACCACUGCGGCCGGUUAUUCAACUCUAUAUUUAUAGCGUGCCGUUCCCAGUAAGCCACUGCGGGCAGCCUGAUCCGCGCGGACGUGGUUUUCCUCUUCGGGGCUGGACCUGCACUGCACGAGGGCCGCGCGUAAACCUCGCCGGGGCGCUGUCAUCUGCUGCUGCCUAAUUCCAAGCCCUCUCUUUUGCCGCCGCUCCAAAGUUUCUCGCUCCCAUCUCGUGAGCUUCUCUUUCUGACGCUGGUGCAAGCCGAUCUUGGCUCCAAUCCGCUCGUACAAUUGGCCUCCGUUUGGCAGCUCUGCCGUUCCCCUACCGAACGAGAGAGAAAAAAAGGUUUGCGUUCCUUCAAAAUUCCCAUCUGCAGCGGCACUCCAGUUCUUCUUCGAUUCAUUGCUCUGCUCCUGCUCCUACCUACAGAAUCGCAGGCGCAGCAUGAGGCGCGUCGUGAGGUGGCUCAGGCAGCUACUGGCUGGCAGGAAGGACGAGCGCGGAGGAGGACUCGAGGUGAGCCAUGUCGGUAGCGGCUGGAGCGACGGGCCGGAGAAGGAGAAGAGGAGGUGGAGCUUCGCGAAGCAGAGGAAGAGCGGAGGCGGAGGCGCGCGGUCGUCGGGUCCGGACGCCGUCGCUCCUGCUGCCGCGGUGGAACGGUCGCAGCUGGUGGGGAGGCCAGGGGAGGACGCGAGGGCUCGAGAACACCGUGCCGCGAUCGCCAUCCAGAAAACCUUCAGAGGCUACCUGGCUAGGAGAGCGCUCCGAGCUCUCCGGUCGCUCGUCAAGAUCCAGGCGCUGGUACGGGGCUACCUGGUGAGGAAGCAGGCGACCAUGACGCUGCACAGACUGCAGACGCUCAUGCGGCUGCAAGCCGACUCCAUCGCCGUCAAGAAUGCAUCGUACCGGAGAUCCAUGGAACAAGAAGUAACCCACAUGGAGAGGGUCUAUGCUCGGGACGUCCAGGUGAAGCCGCUCGCGACGGCGCCGGUGCACCGCCGGAUGCUGUCUGACAGCUCGGACUCCAUCUACGAGCGCAGCCCGCGGAUCGUGGAGAUGGACACUUGCCACCUCCGCUCCCGGUCCUCACGGAUCACCAGCAGGUACAACAAGUACAAGUACAACCCGGAUGGCUUACCAGAGUACCACCACCGCCACGCGGCGCCGACGCCGUCGUGCUCGCCCCUUCCCGGCGGCAACGGCAAGCAUCAGCCCGCGCGGGUCUCGUUCCGGCAGAGCGCCCGCGACCGCGAGCGCGACCCCCGGGGCUCCAAGACUGCGCAGAGCACGCCCCGGCUCGCCUCCCCCCACGACUCCUCCUCGCCCGCCAAGAGCGUCGAGCACAGCCAGCUGGCCAGCACGCCGCGGCGGCGCCCCGCGACGCAGCGGGACCGGGACCGGGACGCGCUCGUCAGCCCGCGGCACAUGGCCGGCACCGCGUCCUCCGCGGCCAGGACGCGGUGCCACAGCGCGCCGAGGCAGCGGAAGGCGACGGACUCCGAGCAGGCGCCGUCGCCGAGGACGGGCGCCUGCUGCCAAGAAGGGGCGUCGAGGAGGUCGUGCUCGCACGCGCACGCCCGCGGGUUCUGCUUCCAGUGCUCGGAAUCGACCCGGACGGACGGAUUGUCCGGGAUCAGCGUCAGCGACGAGGUGGGUGCCAGAGACUACUACCUGGACAGCUUUUGGUGAUCAGGCACGGAUUUGUACAUACUCGUAGUCAGUCAUAGACGCUAAAACACCUAGCAAAUCACGGAACGAGUGGAAGAUAACACGGGAUAGCCAGACAGUCUCACAGAAGAGUGUAGAUGCUGAAACAUACUUGUACACACUUGUUGCUUGGGUGUUGGAUGGAAGUGUUCUUAUGUGAAGGAUGAAGCUAACAGCAUUGUCAGACAGUGGUACUGGCUAUGUAGUUAUGCUGUUAUGGUCGUCAGAGCGCAGUUCUUUGUUUGGACCCAGUUGUUCUAUAAGCUACCUAAGUGGGCCGGGCCAUACUAGUUGGGCUUGAUUUCA